AUGUAUUUAUACAAAGAAAAAUCUCGACAUCCAUUUAUUAUCGUGGCACCUAAAUCCACAACCGCAGGAUGGGUACGAGAAUUUAAACGAUGGGCAAAUGAAUUGGUGGUAGUGGAAUUUCAUGGAGAAGGAGAUUCAUGUCAAUUGGUAGCAGAUUAUGAAAUGUAUCCAGAUAGUGAUAGUUUGAAAUGUCAUGUGGUAGUUACGACAGCUGAAGCAAUUGCUAUUUAUCCUUCACUAUUUUCGCGAGUUCCAUUUUGGGAAGUUUUAAUCGUGGACGAAGCACAUAGUUUAAAAGCGGGAGAAACUACUCAAUUGUUUAGAAAUUUGAAUAAAAAAUUGAAUGUUUAUUUUAAAGUGUUGCUUACUGAUGAACUUUUUAAUUUAUUACAUUUCUUGGGUCAUAAAGAAUUUUCCAAGCCUAAAGAAUUAGCAGAAGAAUAUCAAGGACUUCCUUCAGCAGAACAAUUACCUGCUUUACAUAAAUUACUUAAACGAUAUUUUCUAAGAAGGACCAAGAAUCAAGAUGAUGUUAUAGUACGAGUUAGUAUGACACCACUUCAAAAAAGAAUUUACAAAGAAACUUUUGAAAAAAAUGCCGAAUUUUUACGUCGAGUAGCUAAAUCUCGUACCAGGUCAACAGGAUUUUCCAAUAUAUUAAUGACAUUACGACAAAUUGUUUCACAUCCUUAUUUAAUUAAUCGAGAAGAAGAAAAUCUUAAUGAUGAAGAACGAUGUAAAAUGUUGGUUGAAUCAAGUGGAAAACUUAUUCUUUUAAAGGAUAUGUUGAAGAAAUUAUAUGAAACUGGGCAUAAAGUUCUCAUAUUUUCCCAGUUUUUAGACAUGUUAUCGAUAUUAGAAGAAGUUUGUGAAGAUAAUGGUUAUAUUUAUGCUAAACUUGAUGGUUCAACUUCACAUGAAGUGAGACAAAAAAAUAUUUCGGCAUUUCAAGCACCUGGUUCUGAUAUUUUCAUAUUUUUAUUAUCUACUCGAGCAGGUGGAGUAGGAUUAAAUUUGAUGGCUGCGGAUACAGUUUUUAUUCUUGAUCCAGAUUUUAAUCCGCACCAAGAUCUUCAAGCUUUAAGUCGUGUACAUAGAAUUGGUCAAACUAAGCCUGUUAAAAUAUUUCGAUUUGUAACACAAUUUUCUGUUGAAGAACGAAUUGUUGAAAAGGGAAAACUUAAAUUAGCUAGAACCGAGUUAGUAGUAGAAAAAAUGGAUGAUGAAGUUCUUAAUGUAGAAGAAGUAGAUGAUAUUAUAAGAUGUGGAGUUCAAGCAUUAUUUAGUGAAGAUUCAAAUGUUAAACCAGUUGGACAUUACACAGAAGAAGCAAUUGAAAAAUUAUUAGAUCGAAGUCAAAUGAGAGUAGAGAAAAAAGAUACUGAAACAAAUAGUUUAACAGGAUUUGCAUUUGCAAGAAUUUGGGAUAGUGAAAAUCAAGUUAUUAUAGAAGAACAAAUAAAAAGUGAUAAUUCAACAACAAAUGGUACAACAGAAACAAAAGAUUUUUGGGCUAAACUUUUAGCACAUGUUGAUACCGCUUCAAAAUUAGAAGAAAAUAUGUUAGGAAAAGGAGCUAGAAAUAGAAAGAAAGAUUAUUAUGAAGGGGAUCAUCUUACACCUAGAAGACCAAAAGGGAAGAAAAAAAUUACAUUGGAUCCAGAUUUUAUUCCAGUAGAAGUCGCCGAUUCUAUAUCAUCAUCUACGAAGAGUUAA